AUGGACAUAUCAAAGAUUGGAAGUUCGGCUAUUGAUAAGUCCUUUGGUAGAGGAGGACAGGGAAAGGAUGCAGUGGUAAUAGUUUCUAAUUUGGAAAUACAUAAACCUGUUGUCACUUUUUGUGAUAUGAGUCAGGCAUAAAAAGAAUUUGCAUUUGAAACUGCUGAACAUGCUUUUAAAUUAUCGGCUAAAAGAGAAAAGAGAUACUUCAAAGACAUAGCAGAAUACAUAAAAAAUGAGUUUGAUAAUAAAUUUUAAGGGACUUGGCAUGUAAUAGUAGGUUUGCAUUUUGGGUCAUUCGUUUCUUACGAGAGCCAAUGCAUGAUACAUUUCUACUUGAAUCAAUUGGGAUUCAUGAUUUACAAGUUUGGCUGA